AUAUAAAUAAUAAUAACAAUAACAAAAAUUUAACGGAACAACAGCCAACAUCUUCAACAUCAGCUUUACGGCAAAAGAAAAUAUCGAAUGCGUCGAAUAUUAUAAUUAAUGCAAAUACAAGUGAAUCUUGCAGCUCAAAUUCUGGAAAAUUACAAGACGACUCAAAAAACGGCAGUACACCAAAACGACCAUCUCGUAAAAAACAAAAAGUUGCAUUAUCGGUUACAAGUGGUAGUGGAACAGUUACACCAACAAAAUCAAAAUCUAAAGAACAUACUCCAGAUAUCGAGGAUUUUUUCGAGCGAGCUAAAAAUCGUCCACGUGUCAAUACAUUUGAUAAUUUAAAAGUACCAGACCAACAAUACUAUACAUCUUCAUCGUUACCGUUAAACAUAAAAAAAUUCCAAGCAAAAUCUGCACCAAGUACACCAAUUGCUGCUCGUAAAUCACCAUUGUAUCGUUCGUUUGAGACAGAACGUCAACAUAUAAGUACAAUUACAUUGAAUUUAGAUCGUUCAACAUCAGAUACAUCGAAUAAAUCAAAACGUAAGAAAGAACAGGUGGUAAAAGAGACACCAUCCACAAGUCGUGGACGUACACCAGAUUUUGAUUUUUUAUUUUUGGAUCCGGAAGAACAACGAAUACGUCGGUCUCCAUCGGCAAAUCGUUUUGAUCAAUCAACACCAGAAAAAUCACCUACAAAAAAGAAAACCUUCUUUUUAUCAUUGCCAACACGUACAAAACAUAACAAAUCUGGCAACUUUCAACAAGAUAUCACCACAAAUAAUUUUUUGAUUGGUGGUGGAUAUAAUAUGGCGGCAACACAACAUGGAGGGCUAAAUAAUGAAUCAUGUUUACGAGAAUUAACGCAUUCAUCAUUUAAUGAACCAUUAAAAGCGCAAAAUGCUGUUACGUUUAAACUUGUUAAAACAGUAUCGGAUUUCACUCAACAUUUAUCACAAAUCUAUGAACAGAAUGCUGAACAGUUACAAUUACUUGUGGAAAAUUUUCGGAAGAGAAACGGUGAAUUACGUAAAGAAAGACCAGCAUGUCCUAGUUCCCUAUUUCACACAUGGGAAACGUUAUUACAAGAGGUGGAAAUUGAUUCCCAAAAUCACAGUGAUAUAGCAAGUAUUUUAUCACGACAAGUUUCUAGACCAUUAUUAGAACGUUCAUUUCAUCGAAAAAUACAAUCACGUAAAGUUUUUACACAUCGUGAAAGUUUUGAAACGAUUAUUUCGAAAACUGAAGAGAAACUUUCAAAAUGCCGGCAAGAAUAUAAAACAGCGUACUUAAGUUAUUUGUCAGAACCAUCACAAAAAUCAUUAAGUGGUUAUUUUAAUACCCAUAAUGCGUAUGUUCAACAAUUACAUGCAACAAAUGGUAUGCUCGACGAAUAUUCAAAAACUACUUUACCUAAUUUAUUACAGGAAUUGGAAGAAAUAUAUACGGAUUUAUGUUCAUCGGUCGCUGACAGUAUUUUACAAGGUGCUGAAACUAUUUCACAAAGGGCAACAGAUCAAACACGGCGCUACGAUUCAUUAUCAUCCCAAUGUCGUGGUGUAUCGGGACCAACAGAUUUAAUACAAUUUGCACGUGCAUUACCCACACCAGCCCAUAAUAAACCUAUACUACGACGUUUAUUUAAUCCACCUCAACCUCCUCACAAUGACAAUUCUACACCUGGCGAUGGAGCAAACACAGCUACGAGUGGUACAUCAGAUGGUGCCGGACAAUUUGAUCAUUUUAAUGAAAUCAACAUCCCACCACCAUUAAAGAAUGAAUUAGUAAUAGAUCGUUUAGCAUCAGUACAAAUCAAACCAUCACUAGACGCUUUGCGUAAAGAACAACAAGAUUUAGAAACUCAAAUUAAACAAAUCCAAGAUUCAUUAGAUGCCUUAAUACGUGUGAAACAGCGUUCAUUAGAAUCACAACUAUUUAAUAAAGUCAACGAAUUAGAAGAGGAUAUCAGUGCGAAACGUUUUGAUUUGCACGUUGCACAAAUACAUUUACGUGCUAUACAAUUUCAGAAAGAACUAUUUACAAGUAAAGCGGACGCGGGUGACUCAAGUCGGGAACGUAAAAUGUCCUCUACCUCGCAAGGUAGUAUGAAAUCGAAAUGGCUUAAAGCUUUUAAAAGCCUUAAGACACCACCAUCUUCAGCUAACACAUCACCUAGAGAAUCUGAAAAAGAAAAAAAAAAUCAAAUGUACCAUGCAGUAUCAACCAUUAUUUCAAUGAGGAGAAACGGUGGUGGUAUGCGAAAUAUGGGUGAAUCAGAGGCACACACCUUCCAAGAAUAUACAUACAAAAAAAUUACGCCGUGUGAUGUAUGUUCACAAGUGUUACGAGGUCACACCCGACAAGGGUUAAAAUGCCGUGUCUGUAAAAUGAAUGUCCAUGUUGAUUGUCAAGAGAAAGCAACACGGUGUCAAUCAAAAUCAAGACUAUUACGUCGACAAAAAUCAACAUCUGAAAUCGAUACACGUUUCAAUGAAGCUGCUGUCGAAGAAGAAACAUCUGAAUUCGAUGGCGAAGAUAAUUAUUUCACGUAUCCAAAAGUCAAUAGGCAAUUAUCAUUCAAAGAUACACAUAGUAGAGUUACAUAUAUUCCAACAGAAUUAGAUACUAAGCCAAUAAGUGGUUCUACAUCGACUAGUGAUGGUUCAAUGCGACGUCGACUGUUUGCGGGAAUGAAAAGUUUAACUGGGUUCGGAUCCCGAUCAAGACACGGCUCACCAAAUAGUCGCUCCAUAUCGUUACCAGAAACACCACAUUCACCUAGACGUCAAAAAUUGAAUCUACGUAUGAAAAGUUUAUCGUUGGAUUCACCCGAGAGUACAGAACAUGUACAGCGUCGUCGACAUGGUGGUGGUACUUCAGCUGGUGUUGCAUCCGCUACAUCUGGUACUACAAUUGAUCAAUCGAAUUCAUCAUCGUCACGAAUACAAUCUCCAUCAAGUCCUGUACAUAAUCGUCGUUUAUUAAGUGCUCGUAAUAUGCGAAUGUCCUCAGUUGAACUGCCUGACGAUAAUGAAAAAAGUUUGUCAUCGGCAAGUACAUCACCGUGUCCAAGUCCCAAAGCUCAUCGAUUACUGCCAACUAAUUUAUAUGUCAUCUUAUACAACUAUAAAUCUCGACAGGCUGAUGAACUUGACUUAAAAGCUGGAUAUAAAGUCACAGUAAUUGAUACAUCUGAUAAUGACUGGUGGAAAGGUAAAUGUCUGGGAAAAGUUGGUUAUUUUCCAUCAAAAUAUUGUACAAGACUCCAAGCUGGUGAAAAACCAUUGCAGGUAACGCAAAAUCUACGCAUUGCUGGAGGUGAUAAUAACGAAGGACUUUUAUUAUUACGUGAUCAAAUUGUAAUUCAAAUUGCCGAAGAGUUAGACGGUAUGAUUAUGGUGCGUAAUGGUAACAACCAAACUGGAUGCUGCCCAACAAUGUUCUUACAAGAGGUGUGACCAAAAUAUAUAAAAUCGUUAGA